CAAGAGGACAGAGGUGGUACGGGGCAGUCUCCUUAUUUCUAUACACCCCCCCCAAUACCCACGCCGUACAAAAGAAAACAAAGGCACAGUUAAACGACAGGAUUCACCAUAAUUAAAGGGCGGAAGGGUUGCCCGGUUGGAAGGAAGACUGCGAACGGAUGACUUUACACCGGCCAACAGUGUCUCUCUCUCCCCGCUCCGAUCAAUGAGCCGCUCGCCGCCAGGCUCACACGCCAUCUAUCAGUGCGCAAAGUUGCUCCAAACCUCAGCUCGUUGACGACCACUGCAAACGCUGAUUUUUUGUUUUGUUUUGUGUUUUGUUUGGGGAUUGGCUCUCUCCAUGGUGUCCCUGCUCUAACUUGGAUUUAGAGCAGAUCAAUUUUCUUUGUCUUUGGAUGACCGACGCGUGUUGGAUAUCACGUCUCUGGAGUGUGCCGUGAGCCUCCAAUUGGAGACAAUUUCAACAUAAAAAAAAAGAAAAGAUAAUAAUCUGACGGGUCCCUCUGUAGGGUGGCACAUCUUUCCCUCGUAUGGACGAUAUGGAUUUGCUUUUGUGAUACAGCCCAGAUCACAAAGAAAUCACUGCAGGGUUUUUUUUUGUUUUUUUUUUUGUGUGUAUUUUGUAUUGUUAUUUUAUUUCGAGCCGGGCGACAUCUGUAAUUUUAAGACAACGGUACUCACCUUUGGAAUUACAACCAUGAACUUUGGUGUCAGUUUAAUACAAAUUCUCGUGGCAGCAGUUCUUCAUCUAUCCACUGUAAAGACUGCCAGCAUACACAAGGGAGGGGAGAAGAGUAAAGCAGAAGUCGUCCCCUUCAUGGAUGUUUAUAACAAGAGCAUGUGUCAAUCACGGGAGGUACUCGUGGACAUCUACCAGGAGUACCCAGAUGAGAUCGAACACACCUACAUCCCGUCCUGCGUGGUUCUCAACCGCUGCGCAGGCUGCUGCAAUGACGAGGCACUCGAGUGUGUGCCGACGGACACACGCAACGUCACAAUGGAGGUAAUACGGGUCAGACAGAAGGUUUCGCAACAUACUUUUCAGUUAAGUUUCACAGAGCAUCGGAAGUGUGAAUGCAGACCAAAGGCAGAGGUUAAAGCAAAGAAAGAAAAGGGCAAGGGCCAAAAGAGAAAGAGAAAGAGACAGAGAGACACCAGCAGGAUUGCUGAGGCCGUGGCUCAUGCCAGCACUGCAGGGUGUCUGGGCGUGAGCACUGUGUCUCUGUUGAUGGUUGGCUUGGUAUCGGAAGAACUUUAUUGGCACCUUAUGUGACAAACCAAGGAGAUGAGACGAGGAGAGGGGGGAGGUGGACACUGGUAUGAAGGAAUUAUUUUCU